AGUGUUAACAAAUAAUCUCAAUAAUACAGAAAAAAGGAAUGUUAUUUAUACAUAUGAUAGAUUAAAUCAAAAGCAACCUCUUGAUAUAAAGGUGAGGCAACAUCACAUGAGACCUCAUCAUGAACAUUUGAACGCCUAAAAGUGGUUCCCAAUAGCCUCUUUUUUGUUCCCAAAGAAACAAAAGAAAAGUAACACACUAGUUUUAUGAAAUUUUCUCACAAACAAACUUUUGUACUGUCUUGUUGCUGAAUCUUGGGGUUCAAGGGACCCUACCAAUUCCUUGAUGGAAGGACUAAACAGUAUUAUUCUAUAAUUGUAAGGUUUUCUAAAGUGCAACUCUACACACUUUUUUCUUUUAUUAUCUUCUUUGACCAUAGCCUCAUGGUUAAGUUUCACCGGAAAGAAUGAGACACCUUGGUUCACAAAAGAACUAAACUUUAAUUUUGGGAUAUCAAACUUUAAAGUGAAGGCUCUAUAGCAUAUAAACAUAUACUGCAUAUGAAAUGACCAUGAAUAAGAAACAUUUGAAGUCUCUCAUGGGAAAAGUGCAACAUUUUGGUGUUCCAUCUCUUGGCGGUUGCUUCGAUAGCUGCCGCGACCAUACACAAGGCUCGGGAUUCGGGACGAGGAUAUGGAACCUCAGUGAUAAGCCAGUGGAGCUGCAAAUAAGGGUAGGAUCAAUACUAAAGAAGAUUUAUACAUUGAAGCCAGGGUCUUCAAAGAGAUUCAAAUGUAAAAGCAUAUAUAAGGCAUUUAUGCCUAGGAGUGGAAGUGUUGGUGAAAGCAUGAAGAACAUGUUGUAUUACUAUGAUGAAACUAGUCACCCUUAUAUUUGGAUUCAUGAGGUAGGGUGUCAUUCCUUAAAGAUGGUUAAGCAGCAGUAUGUUAGUCUUGAGGAUCUGAGGGAUUCUUGUGAGAUCAAAAUCUUUAGGGAUCAUCAAAAAGGUUCUAUUUCAGUUCGAAAGAGAGUGAGACCAGAUUUAUGCUCAAUUUGAAUUUUACGGAUUUGGAUUGUCUGCAAUUGAUAUGUUUGUGGUCGUUGAAUUGAAAUCAAACCGUUUUAAUUGUAAGCUCGUCUUUUAUAUUUGAAAAAUAAUAAAAUUAAACUUGAAAUUUAGAUUAUUUGAUCUUAAUUGAACGACUACAAAUCCGUCGAUGGCAUGAAUGCGUACAAUUUCGACAACAUGCAAUUCGGACGUGAACUUGACAUUAUUGUUUAUCAUGAGUAGGAAGUGACAUUUUUUUUUUGUGUUUUUUUUUUUCCUUAUGUCUAUAUUGUGUGAUAUUAAUUGCAGAAUGCAAUUAUUUAUGAUCA